GGCUUAUAUUUCCCUGUGUUCUGUGUAGUCUCAACUACAAAUCUUUGUUCAUUGACAAAGGGUGGUACAAACCAUCUAGACAGAAAGGGGCAUGGAAACUACUGUUUCUUUUACUGCAUUGCAGUUCUGAUGAUCCAACUCUGCCAGGACACAGAUCUAUAAAGGUCAGCCCUGCACCCUGAGCAGCUCAGGAGGAGCCAGACCAGCAGUUCCUCACACUCUGCACUCUUCUGCUCUGGACAGGUGGUGCCAUAAUGGUGGCUAUGGAGGCUGGAGCAUCCAUGAGAGUCACUCUACUGCUGCUCUGGCUUGGGGUGUCUCUGUACCCACCUGGCCUUUCCCAGGCUGGGCCCUCCGAACGCCUCAGCUCCCCAGAAGUAGUGAUUCCCUUGAAGGUAACCAGCAGAGGCAGAGGUGCAGACGCUCCGGGAUGGCUCUCCUAUAGCCUGCUGUUUGGGGGCCAGAGACAUAUUGUCCACAUGAAAGUCAAGAAGCUCUUGAUUUCCAGACAUUUCCCAGUGUUCACCUACACAGAGCAGCAUGCCCUCCUGGAGGAUCAGCCCUUUGUCCCUGAUGACUGUUACUAUCACGGCUACGUGGAGGGAGCCCCUGGGUCUCUGGUUGUUUUUAGCACCUGUUUGGGGGGCUUUCGAGGGGUGUUACAAAUAAAUGACCUCACUUACGAAAUUGAACCCAUCAGGCACUCUACCACAUUUGAACACCUGCUUUAUAAGAUAAACACUAAUGAGACACAAUUCCUUCCCAUGAGAUGUGGCUUAAAAGCAAAGGAAAUAGCAUUCCAACACUUGGAAUUCGAAGAGGUUGAGAACUCAGCUCUGAAACAAAAUUCUACUGGUAACUGGUGGACCCAUGCAUGGUUUCUGGAGCUAGUUGUGGUGGUCAACCACGAUUUCUUCAUUUACUUCCAAAGCAACUUCUCAAAUGUGCAAGAGGACGUAUUUCUUGUUAUCAACAUAGUGGAUUCCAUGUAUCAGCAGUUGGAUACUUAUGUAAUUUUGGUUGGGAUUGAAAUUUGGAAUCAAGGAAAUGUUUUUCCAAUAAUAAGUAUAGAACAGGUUCUGGAAGAUUUCUCUCACUGGAAACAAAUCAGUCUUUCCCAGAUACAGCAUGAUGCUGCACAUAUUUUCAUAAAAAAUCCUCUUAUAACUAUACUUGGUAUAGCCUAUGUUGCAGGAAUAUGUAGUCCUCCUAUUGAUUGUGGAGUUGAUAAUUUCCGAGGAGACACCUGGUAUCUUUUUGCCAACACUGUAACCCAUGAGUUAGGUCACACUUUGGGUAUGCAGCAUGAUGAGAAGUUCUGUUUUUGUGGGGAAAAAGGUUGCAUCAUGAGUGCUUUCAGAGUGCCAGCAGAGAAAUUCACCAAUUGCAGUUAUGCUGAUUUUAUGAAGACCACUUUAAACCAGGGAUCAUGCCUGCACAAUUUUCCAAGACCAGAGGAAGUCUUUAUGUUGAAGCGCUGCGGGAACGGCGUGGUUGAAAGAGAAGAGGAGUGUGACUGUGGAUCUGUACAGCAGUGUGAACAAGAUCCCUGUUGUCUGUUGAACUGCACUCUGAGGCCUGGUGCUGCUUGUGCUUUUGGGCUUUGUUGUAAAGACUGCAAAUUCAUGUCAUCAGGGGAACUCUGUAGACAACAGGUCAAUGAAUGUGACCUUCCAGAGUGGUGCAAUGGGACAUCCCAUCAAUGUCCAGAAGAUAGAUAUGUGCAGGAUGGGAUCCCCUGUAGUGACAGUGCCUACUGCUAUCAAAAGAGAUGUAAUAACCAUGACCUACAGUGCAGGGAGAUUUUUGGUAAAGGUGCAAAGAGUGCACCUUGGAAUUGCUAUAAAGAAAUCAACUCCCAGGGAAACCGUUUUGGUAACUGUGGUAUAAAUGGCACGGCAUACCUAAAAUGUAAUACCUCUGAUAUCUUUUGUGGGAGAGUUCAGUGUGAGAAUGUGGGAGCCAUUCCUUCUCUCCAAGAUCAUUCUGCUGUGCAGCACACUCACAUCAAUGGUGUCACCUGCUGGGGUAUCGACUAUCAUUUAGGAAUGGACAUCCCUGACGUUGGUGAAGUUAAAGAUGGCACUGCAUGUGGCCCAGGAAAGAUCUGCAUCCACAAGAAGUGUGUCAGUCUAUCUGUCCUGUCACAAGUCUGCCUUCCUGAGACCUGCAAUAUGAAGGGGAUCUGCAAUAACAAGCAUCACUGCCACUGUGGCUAUGGGUGGUCCCCACCCUACUGUCUGCUCAGAGGCUACGGAGGAAGUGUUGACAGUGGCCCAGCAUCUGCAAAAGGAAGAGUUUUCUUGCCACUAAUUGUGAUUUCUUCUUUGUCUGUUUUAAUUUUUCUGUGUACUGUUGGGCUUGUUAUGUAUCUUCGACAAUAUUCUGGUCCCCAGGAGCCUAAGGUUCACUCAUCAGGUUAAAAAAAUCUCUAAUUUACUAUCCCAUGCAUUAUUGAGUUUUGGUCUCUUAGCUGUAGAAAUGUUAGUACAUGCCUGAAACUGAGCACAUUUCUGACUGUUUAUUGAAAAAUGCAGGGAUCCUCCCUUCCAUCAGUAUCAGAAAUAUUGUGAUUAAGUACAAGUAAUUCCUAACAUGUUCCUACCUUCUGUUCAUUGGUUUAACGCAGCAAGUAAAUUUCCAUCUUAUCCUUUCUUU